GUUGUUACCUUGGGGAAGAAAUGGGGGAAAAGGAGGACGGGCUUUUUUGGAAGUGGGCUGGAAACUACAAAACCGAGCUUCUUGGGAACUGCCUUUUAGUCUAACAGGAAGUGGAGCGUCACCGGGAGGGAGGGGCGGCCACCCGGGGACUGUCCCCUGCUUCAGGCGCUCACUUUGCGGGCGGUGUGUUUUUCAGGUUAAUCGCUCAGCGUAUGAGACAGGUUGGAUGCACGCUGCUGGGUUUAGAAAACAAACAAACAAACAAACAACAACAAAAACAAACAAACAGAAAAUGAGCAAGCGAGACGCCCCUUCCGUUCUAUGAGAACCAGGCUGCAAGCAAAUAAAUCGGCUGGCCCCGCUGCAAUCUUCUGCACUCGAGCACCAAGAGAUCCUGUUCCUAUCAAUUACAGAAGCCAUUAAGAAAAUUUUUUAAAAAGUUAAAACUUUAUCAUAAUGAGGUGUUGCCACAUCUGCAAACUUCCCGGGCGAGUGAUGGGCAUUCGCGUGCUUCGCUUCUCUUUGGUCGUCAUCCUCGUGCUGCUGCUCGUAGCCGGGGCUUUGACCAGCUUACUUCCAAAUAUCAAGGAAGACAAGAUGCUCACGUUGCGCAGGGAAAUAAAAUCCCAGGGCAAGUCUGCCCCGGAUUCCUUUACUCUAAUAAUGCAGACAUACAACAGAACAGAUCUUUUGCUGAGACUCUUAAAUCACUAUCAGGCCGUGCCGUAUCUGCAUAAAGUGAUUGUGGUGUGGAACAACGUUGGGGAGAAGGGACCAGAUGAGUUAUGGAACUCUCUAGGGCCUCACCCUGUCCCUGUGAUCUUCAAACUGCAGACAACAAACAGGAUGAGAAAUCGACUCCAGGUCUUUCCUGAACUGGAAACCAAUGCGGUGUUAAUGGUAGACGAUGACACGCUAAUUAGCGCCCAAGACCUUGUCUUUGCUUUCUCAGUUUGGCAGCAAUUUCCUGAUCAAAUUGUAGGAUUUGUUCCUAGAAAGCAUGUCUCUACAUCAUCAGGUAUCUACAGUUAUGGAGGGUUUGAACUGCAAACACCAGGGUUUGGAAAUGGCGACCAGUACUCUAUGGUGCUGAUUGGAGCCUCCUUCUUCAAUAGCAAAUACCUUGACCUGUUUCAGAGGCAACCGGCUGCUGUCCAUGCCUUGAUAGAUGAAAUCCAGAACUGUGAUGAUAUUGCCAUGAAUUUUAUCAUUGCCAAGAACACCGGGAAGACUUCAGGGGUAUUUGUGAAACCUGUAAACAUGGGCAAUUUAGAAAAAGAGUCUAACGGUGGCUAUCCUGGAAUGUGGCAUCGAGCUGAGCACUUUCUGCAGAGGUCUUACUGUAUAAAUAAGCUUGUUAGUAUCUACGACAGCAUGCCCUUAAAAUACUCCAACAUCAUGAUUUCUCAGUUUGGUUUUCCCUAUGCCAACCACAAGAGUAAAAUAUGAAACUCAAACAAAAACCUCCAAACUGCUUAGUAUUUGAGUAGCUUCUCUCUGCUGGAUUGUGUUUUGUUUUGUUUGGGGGGGUUUUGUUUUGUUUUGUUUUAAGCAACAUCAUGAAAUUUUAUCCACUACAGAAAGUCUCAGCAAAGGAAAAAAAUGUACCGUGCUUCUAGGACAUAAAAUUCCCAGGAACUUCAAAAACCAAGAAGCUGGUACUCUCAAGAUAGAUCUUUUUGCAAGGAAUUUUCAUCCCCGGAUAGAACUCCUUGGCCAGCAAUUUUAUUGUUUACAUUCUGAGACUGUUCUCCAAUUUCUUUGACUCCUGGCAUUUGCCUUAAGGACCGAUAGCAAGUUGUCUCCAGGAUCAGAAACUCCAGAAAAGCAUUUCUCCACUUUCCCCUGAAGGAUGAUUGUUUUCAUCUGAAGCCUGAAAUGCACCGGCAUAGAGAAAAGCCAUGUGAAGGGAGAAUAGUCUCAAUCCUAUAUAAUAACAAGUGGAAAACUCAUGACUCUCAGUGUUUUCAUUGUGGUCUUUGCAAGCAGCCCUUUUCAGCACUAACUCUGCCGGCAUGGUUUUGAUGCAACCAUCAGGGCUUUGAUUUCGUUGAUAAGUCCAUUGUGACUGGGAGAGUUCAUUUUAGUAGCUGAAGGAUGUCUAGCUGCUUGCUUGAUUUUUGUGAAUAUUUACCGCAUGGAUCACAAAAAAGUGCAGCCUGUGUUUCUUAUGUGCAACUUCUAUGCAGCAAGGAGCAAAUGUGUUACCAGAUUCAGGUAGUGCAUUUUGUCCCUGAAUCUGACCAUGAGAUUGUACAUUAAUUCUUAUAUUUCACAUAAACUGUGUGUUGUUUAAGAAACUUAAAAUCUUCCGAAAGAACGAUUAGGAACUGACGAGAGUUACAAUCCAUAGUAUCAAAAGAUCUUUAUUGUUAGGCAUAGGUUACCUCAUGGGUACUAAAGAGUUAUGUGUAUUAUACACAAAGGUAAUCUCUCGUAUUCAGAGCUACUGCUGCUUUUUUUUUUUCCCAAAAAAAGACUCAAGGCAUUCAUCAUGAUGAUAUUUUGAUUACAUACAGGAAAAAAAUAACUGAAUCAUAACAGAGGAAUUUUAUAGGGAGUCUGCGUCGGUAAAUUAACUUGCUCACUCUGUGAAUUAGUAUCUGUGUUCCACAUGGUGUCUGCGUUUUGUCCUUGUUCACACCAGUAGCAAGGAAUACUUAAUUAAGCCCAUCUACUACCUUCUCCUCUUCCUUUUCCCUCUCAUCCUCCUAUAAUGUCAUUGUAUUCUCACAUUUGCAAAGCUGUGAAAAUAUUGUAAUAAUCAUGGUUAAUGUUCCAACAAUGAGGUCUCAAGAUCUCUGUGCAGUUAGUGUAGUAUAUGUUGUUUCUUUACGUUGGCAUGUGUAUGUGUCUUAAUGCAGUCAGAUAAAGCCAGUAGAACCCAGAACCUCACUAAAAACCUAUAAUGUUCACUAUCUGCUUUGGCCAACCUUGGUAGUGAUUUUUUGCCUCUUGGAAUUCACCUGGGAGAUAAAUAAAAUAAACUUCUACCAUGCAGAUGUUCUCUUAA